GGCGCGCUGCAGCUCCGCGUCUCUCCCCCUCUCUGUCUCUCUCUGUCUCCGUCUCUCCUCUCCGGUGCUUCGCGCUUCCAGAACCAAACGGCUCGUUAUCUUGUGGUUUCAAGGCUUCCUCUUCAUCCCUCUCUCUUUCUCUCCUCCUCUCCUCUCGGUUCCUCUCAUGCCGCCGUUAAGGCGCUGGAUACGGGGCGAGUUGUGAUCGACCAGGCAGCAGCUCGAUGAAUAUGGCGUGUAUUGGGGACGCAGACCCUUUCACCGCUGCGAUACCUGCCACCAAAGUUGAACUCACGGUUUCUUGUAGAAACCUGCUGGACAGAGACACGUUCUCCAAGUCUGAUCCAAUUUGUGUGCUGUACACUCAAGGAAUAGCCAACAGGGAAUGGAGAGAGUUUGGACGGACAGAAGUCAUAGACAAUACCCUCAACCCUGACUUCGUCCGCAAAUUCAUCCUGGACUAUUUCUUUGAGGAGAGGCAAAAUCUACGCUUUGACCUGUAUGAUUUGGACUGCAAGAGCGACAACCUCUCUAAACACGACUUCCUGGGCCAGGCGUUCUGUACGCUGGGCGAGAUCGUCGGCUCCCUGGGAAGCCGCCUGGAAAAACCUUUGAUUGGUAUCCCGGGGAAGAAAUGUGGCACCAUCAUAGUGAGAGCUGAAGAGCUGAGCAACUGCAGGGAGUCGGUGAUGCUUCAGUUUUGUGGGAACAAGCUGGAUAAGAAGGACUUCUUCGGAAAAUCGGAUCCUUUUCUCGUCUUCUACCGCAGCAACGAAGACGGAUCGUAUACCAUCUGCCACAAAACAGAGGUGGUGAAGAACACUCUGGACCCGGUGUGGCAGGCUUUUAAGAUUCCCGUCAGGGCGCUGUGUAACGGAGAUUACGACAGGAGCAUUAAGGUGGAGGUGUACGACUGGGACCGAGAUGGAGGCCACGACUUUAUCGGCGACUUCAGCACGAGCUACAGAGAAAUGUGCAGGAGCCAGUCACAGUUCCACAUCUAUGAGGUGCUAAAUCCAAAGAAAAAAGGAAAGAAGAAGAAAAAGUACCAAAACUCAGGAACGGUCACUCUGCUGUCCUGCCUGGUGGACACUGAGCUCUCCUUCCUGGACUACAUCCGAGGCGGGACUCAGAUUAAUUUCACAGUGGCAAUUGAUUUCACGGCAUCAAAUGGCAACCCGUCCCAGCCCACCUCGCUCCAUUACAUGAGCCCAUACCAGCUCAACGACUACGCCAUGGCGCUGCGGGCCGUCGGAGAGAUCAUCCAGGACUACGACAGUGACAAGAUGUUUCCUGCACUGGGCUUUGGUGCCAAGCUUCCACCAGACGGACGGGUCUCGCACGAGUUCGCCCUGAAUGGAAACCCACAGAACCCGUACUGCAACGGCAUUGAGGGGGUGAUGGAGGCCUAUUACCAGAGCCUCAAAUCUGUGCGUCUCUACGGACCCACCCACUUCUCCCCUGUUAUUAACCAUGUGGCCAGGUAUGCUUCAGCGGUGACGGACGGCUCCCAGUACUUCAUUCUGCUCAUCAUCUCUGACGGUGUCAUCACAGACAUGGCGCAGACCAAGGAGUCCAUCGUCAAUGCUGCAUCUUUGCCCAUGUCGAUUAUAAUAGUUGGGGUUGGCCCAGCGGAGUUUGACGAGAUGAUCGAGCUGGACGGGGACGAGGAGAGGAUCUCGUCCCAAGGACGAUACGCUGAGAGGGACAUUGUUCAGUUCGUUCCUUUCAGAGACUACAUCGACCGGCGUGGAAACCACAUCCUGAGCAUGGCUCGCCUGGCGAAGGAAGUACUGGCAGAGAUCCCGGACCAGUUCCUGUCCUACAUGAGGACCCGAGGGAUCAAACCGGGCCCCCUGCCGCCUCCAUACACCACCUGUCCUCCACCGGCUGUCCACCCGCUCCUCUGCAGACGGGUAAGCCGAAUCUAAAGGCCGAGGCCUCGCUCCGACGCCGGCCAGCCAACUCUACUGGUCUCUCCUCUCCUCUCUCUGCUUCUUCUUCUUCCUACUCUUCACUGGAAGCUUCUGAGCACACGGCGACAUCGGCCGCUCUCUCAUGUUGCACUUUCGGAAACGUUUGGCCGCAAGCCGUGGGUGUGAUGCGGAAAACCCCCGAGUGGGAUGCUUUCACUUUUCCGAAGAAGGGACUUUUCCUGUAGUGGAUGAAGGAGGGGGUAUGAAGGGUCAUGGUGGGGGUAUGACAUCACUACCCUCCACCAGGAAGUGUGAGCGGGACAGAAAUGGACCACAGGAAGCUGUCAGACUGAAACUGGUCCAAACUGGGAACACUGUUCAUCUGCUCUUUCUAUUUCCACUUCCUCUUUCUCUCACAAUAUCUCAAUAUAUAAAUGUUUACAAGUUUGAGGACGAAGGUGGAGAUGUUUUUUCAGGAGGAAAUUUUUACCACUCAAUGUGAAAACCUUUCAGAUUCCUAUUUUUCGGCUGCAGAAACUGGAGGUUGUGACUUUGUACAAAAACGUUUUCGGCCCUGGCGCCGUGGUCUUCAUUACAGAGUGUGUACGUUUUCUUUUUUUAAUAAAUGGAGCAUGUGCUAGUUUAAGAGAAGCAUGCACUGUUGUCCUGCACUCAGGGCUUUGUCCCUCCCACACAGCCCCCCCUCCCACCACCACCACCACUGCCAUAUUUCAUUAAGAACAAACCCAUCAUCGCCCACCUGAAAUCUUCCCACGCUCCGACCUUCUGCUCCGUCCACCUGCCUUGACUCAAAAGGAGUCUGGUCCAAUCAAAUACAGCAGGGACUUGAACCAGCCUUACUCUUACAUUCACAGGCACCGUGUCCACCGUGGGUUCUGGAAAUGUGGAUCUCCAAGCCCAGAAGUCAAAAACACACAUCUCACUACCGAACCUGACUGUGUGUUAACGUUUUAGAGUCUCUUUAUUUUCAUGGAACAUUCAGAUGCAUUUUUCUGUUCAGUUUGACGUCUCUCUACCUCUCACUUUGUUUAAUAUUGCCAAAAAAACCUGUUUGGUGUGUCGGUCUGUAGAGUUCACGCUUUCACCUUCUCACGUAGGAUUCAUAGAAUAUUUGCCAAACUGUAGGUUGAGAAUCGAAGCACUUUGGUAGCUAUCAGAUCAGGUGACUCACACCUUAGUGUUAGAAACACACUGUGAAUACGUGCACAGAAAAACAAACCAACAAACCAAAAUGCAAAGAUGCUUUUUGUUUUUAUUAGCAGCUCCCCAUCCUGAUCAGAGGAGUGACUGUGAGCUCAGAUUUUAGUUCCAUGUUUUCCAACUAUAUUGUCACUAAAAGUAAUAAUCAGUCUGGUAGCAGGUCGCUAAUCGCCUCCUUAAAGGAACAGUCGACAGAAACAUGAAUGAUUUCAGUACCAAACUCACCUCCUGAAGGCUUGAAGGUGGCUCUGAAGGCAGCAGCUGUUCUCACAUCAGAAUUACGACACUUAAAAUGGAUUCCACAGACGCUCACUCACCAUUUUAUAAUCAAUUCAAUUAGAUCUCUAAGUGUGAUAGUCACCGACAGCUUUUUCUUCCAGAUGGAGAAACAACUGAGCUCCUCAGAGUUUUAUUAGUGCGACUGAGAAUGUGUCAUUUUCCUAAAAAAUAUGACGACAGAAAAAUUACCUCCAAAUUGACGAUGUACAUGUAUGAAACUGACACAGCUGUACAGGUUGUGAUAAAACGACUUUCAACGAAUUUCUAAAACCCCGAAAACCUUUUUAUUUUCUCAGUCAGCGUCUUCCUGUGGGCAGUGAGGUCAAAGACACUUCAAUGGAGAGAUUUCUGUGUAUUUUGCUUUUGUCUGUGCUAUCUUUGCUGGUUUGAGGUGGGCGGGGCUUAGCUGGGAUAAUGUAACGUCACAUGCUUCCAUGCACCAAUCACAGUUUAACAAUGUUUGAAUCAAAUGCAGUGACAGUAUUGUGGUUGCUUGUUUCGUCAGCUCUGUCAGUCAGAUCUGAUCAAACACUCAGUCCUGUUGAGGCAGAUUAACUGAAAACUAAAUGACCGUGUCAUUUGAUCGUCAGGUUAACGAGAUCACAGUUUCAUGGUGAAAAACAAAUCCAUAUAAAAAGUUAAUAUAAACAAUCUAUCCUGGAGCAUAAUCCACUCCUUUGUCAUCCAGUCAGUAUUUAGAGAAGUGUGUAGCUGCAGAGCUGCAGGUCUGGACUCACCUCCUGCAUCAGGCUCUUUCACAUCCCGAGCUUGAAGAAGGAAGUCUGAAAUUGUGUGAGCUCACUGGAGACGAUCAGAAAGAUAAGAUAGCAUGCGUUCUUUAGUUUGAAUAAACCACACCCCCUCAACCACUAACACCAAGGAAACAACAAUAUUAUGUAUAAAUGUAGAACGUUAGCUCAUGAGACAUUAAGCAGCAAAAUAGUUGUACGAAGUGCUAACCUUAGCUAGCUAUGCUUAGGUUGCUAAGGUGUUUACUAAAAUUAGCUGAAACGAUGUUAGUUUGCUAACGACAGUAGCAUAUGUAGCUAAUGUUAGUACAACUUAUUUGCUGCUUAAUGUCACGUGACCUCACUUUAUACGUUACAGAUAUAUUGGUAUAUUAGUUUGUAUUGGUGUUACUGGUUGAGGGGGUGUGGCUUAUUCAGACUGAUGAUAAUUAUCUUUUAAACAUACAAUACGUUUAUUCAUUAGUGACCUCACAAAAUAUGUUUUGGCCCUAACCGAAGACUUCAUAUGCUAUUUAUGACAAAACUGAAAGGGAGACAUUUUAUAUCGAAAAGGUCAAAGGUCAGCUUGACUGUGACAUCGUCAUGUUGUAACGUCACAUCUCAGGAACAGAAGGGGAGA